AUGUCAUGUAGUGUUCCAGAAAAGCUUGGUAAAGUGUAUAAAUCCUUGUCUUCUUGCAUUUUUGAAAAUCUCGCGUUUGAAGAAUACAUUUUUCGAAACCACGACGUUGCGAAAAAUGGAGAAGCUUUGAUUACUUGGAGGUUUUAUCGGGUUCUUAUGCAAAUUGAAUUUUUUUUACAGUAAUCGACCUGCCGUAGUGUUUGGUAGACAUCAAAACCCAUGGCUUGAAGUAAAUUUGAAAUAUGCGAAGAAUAACGAAAUCUCCGUAGCUCGCCGACAUAGCGGGGGUGGAGCAGUUUACCACGACGAAGGUUGGAAAGCGUUCAAUUUGUCCUAUAGAAGCAUAUUUAAAACCUUUAACUAAAAUAUAAUUGUGGAAAUGAUCCCAGAACAAACUUCUCAGGAAACGUGAAUUUCUCCCUGCUAACCACCCACCAAGCGCACUGCCGUCCGAGAAAUCUUCGAUUUGUUUCCGAGGCUCUCAAUAACGCUUACAAAUUGCAAGUCUGUUUCCCGAGCCUGAUUUUUCACACCCGAAAAGAUUGUUCCAAACAAGCGCGACGACAUGGAGCUGCAGCCCGGAAACAGGAAGUGCUCAGGGACGGCCGCUAGGAUCGCCCACGGCAUGGCCUACCACCACUUUACUCUUCUAGUCGUCGCCAACCUCAAAGUUCUGUCAGCGUCACUCAACUCCCCGCACAAGGUGAGACUUGUCCUUUUUUCCAGCUUAUUUCUUUGAAGAACCUCAUCGAAACGACUGCGACUCGGAGUGUUCGAGCGCCGGCGGUUGGUUUUUUGGCUCAAGAUGAUCAGCGCGUGAAUGUUCCAAGUGUCACUGACGUCAUCGUACGAUCUUUUUGCGAUAAAAAUCAAGUAGGAUUUUGUUUUUCUUGGAUUUUGGUUCUCUAGUCGCAGGCAAUAGAAUACUUUCACCUUUGACAGUUAUUAUUUGAUGAAAGUUUGAAUUAAAAAAUUAUUUUUCCAAUUUAAAACAUGCGUUUAAAUCCAAAAUACUUGAAAUUAAAUUCCAUGGACAUAUAGCACAUCUGUUCAGCCCGUCCGGUUUGGCACACUGUAUUUUUGUUUUAAUAAUGAAGUUAUUGCAUGCAAACGACAGCAAGUCUUGACAAAAUGGCCAAAUUUGAGAAAUCCGUCUUCUAAAUUUAGUAAGUAUAAAGUCGUUUUUUCCUGUACUUUUCUAUCUAAUAAUGUCAAAAAUAGCCCUGUUCACUUUUUUAAAUAGAAAAAGGAGUAAAGAAUGGUCUAAUAUGGUCAGUGGAGACGGCGCAGUGCAAACUGACGGGUCCCUGUACGUCUGAACUGGUGUGAUAGAAGAAUAUUUUUCGGUCACAAAUCACGGAUUUUCAAAUCUUAGUGGGAAAGCACGCCGAAGAUUAUGUUCCUGUUUUCCACGAUAUCGUUGCAGGGAGCUGAGGUCGAAGUGAUAGACGUUGGUUUCGAGAUCGAAAAUAACGCCGAUAUGAGAAAGAUCUACGACGAGCUGUGUGACUGGAAAUGGAUAUACGGCAAAAGUCCUUCAUUUGUCUACCGGAAGGACGACGUAGCUGCAACUGUCAAGAACGGCAUCGUCGUCGAGUCUACAGGAAGUCUCAACGCCGGAGAACGAUUUGCACUAGACUAA